AUGGCAAGCUCGGAGCUCUCGGAUGGACAUCGGCGCAACGCGCACCACGUUUUGCCAAGUCAAAGGAGAGCAGGUCGAGCAUGUCUGAGCUGCCGUGCGAAAAAGGUCAAAUGCGACGUCCUACAGCAUGGUAUUCCUUGCAAGAAUUGUCUAAACAGUAAUUUCGAGUGUCUGACUGUUAGAUGUCGUCGAGGAAAAAAACCGAGCACCAAGACCAAGAAUAGUCCGCGUCCUCUUUGGGAGGAGGUGCCUGUCGAAAAGUUUUUUGAAACUCGCGAGACGUCCACUCGGACCGAGUCUAAUGUCAAGUUACCAGAGGCAGCUCGCCCAAGCCGGCCGUCAUCAUUCAACUUACACAACGAUGCCGCGAGUCUGUUGGACCCUUUGUUUUCUCUGGGAGACAUCCCAACAGGUCUGGAGAGAAUCAGGUCAUCAGUAACCGCCAGAAUCCCAAAGUCUGACGACGCAGCUCCUAAAGAAUUCCCAGCCGUUUUCAAGCCAUUUCCAAACCACUGGUCACCGCUUGAUCUCGAAUAUCUACAUCGGAAAGGCGCGUUAUCAAUGCCCCAGGCCCGAUUGAGGCUGGAAAUCAUCAGAUGUUAUGCUGAGUACUUACAUCCAUAUAUGCCCUUACUGGACUUGGAUGAGCUCUUGCAGAUGGUGGAUCUCUCCAUGAACGAUGGAAGCCGCCCAAGAUAUAGCUUUCUACUUUUUCAGUGCGUCAUGUUUGCUGGAAUUUCAUUCGUGGACGAACAACUGGUUCAAGAGUCAGAACAUAAAAGUAUCAAAGCAGCCAGGAGGCUAUUCUACGAGAAAGCCAGAUUACUAUACGACGCAGAUAUCGAGACAGACAAUUUGACUUUAAUUCAAUGUCUCCUCCUGAUGAGCCAAUGGGCUGCCAACGCAGACACUAACAAACAAAAUUGGCACUGGACCGGUGUCGCAGUUUCUUUGGCCCAGGCCAUGCGAUUGACACACAAUCCCGAAAUUUUGGAGCUUCCACAACGUGUAAAGAGCCUUCGUAAGCGGCUGUGGUUUUGUAUCCUCAUGCGAGACCGACUGUUGUCUCUAGGCAUGAGCCGUCCCAUGCGCAUUCGUGAUGGCGAGUUUGACGUACCAUUGCCGACGGUGGAUGACUUCGAAUGUGACAUUCCAAUCGUCACGAGUGUGGCCGGACACCAUCGUGAUGGCAAAAUUCAGAUCAGCUUGACCGAAGCGGACAUAUCAACUAAAUUGGCAACAAUGUUCAUCUUAUACAUCAAGCUUUGCAUGAGCAUCGGUUCCAUCUUCUCAGUGCAAUAUACGACCUUUAUGAAGACCUCUGAAGGCCCGAUUGAGGCAUCGAACAGCAUUUCUGCGAAAAUUAUGCUAUACCCAAUCUCCAACCAAUCGUCAGAUCGUACCUUUGUGCAAAUACGAGACUCUAACUUCUCACUUCUGGAGAAGAGCUUGACAGAAUGGCUCGGCUCCCUGCCUUGCUUCUCCCACCUUUCUGAAAUGCUCUCAAGGGUGGCUCGAGACCCAAUCAGUAUCGAUAACCCACCAAAGGAACAAGACUUUUGCGUCGAACCAAUCGCUUCACGGGAGCCUUUCAGUGUCGCGUUACAGGUAGCCAUCCUGCAUCUCACCUAUUUCGCGGCUUCAUCCGCAUUACACCGACCAAAGAAUCGUUCUCUGAUCUCCUCCCAGAAAGUUGCCGAGGCGGCAGAAGGUAUGGCCAUGAUUUGCGCGUUCUUAAACAAGAAUGGUCUUACAAGAUACCUUCCCGUGAACACAAUUACCAUGUUGCUACCCAGCAUCAUUUGGUACAUCAACUACCUCAGACGGGUGGUGAUGACUGACCCUAGCGGUCAGCACAGCACCACGGAAGAGACCGAGAUCCACAGGGCUAGAGACAGUCUUAGUGAACUUCUGGUCUCCCUUCAUAUACUGCGGAAAGCUCAUGUUGGGGCAGAUUUUGUGACACUUCUGCUUCAGGCUUAUUUGGUUCGUUCUGGAGCGAGAGUGGUUCCAUCUGCAGCCGCUACUGACCUCAAACAUUCAACGUUAAGGGCGCGAAGGGAAUUUGAACUUGAGCUGAACUGUCAUCAAACGCCUUCCAGAGACCGUGUGAAUGUCAAAAAUACCCCAGUGUUUGAUGGUCCACUUACGCCUCAAAGUCAGGGUGUUCAGGUUCCACCAGCGAGCGGAUUCAACUCGAACGAGCUAAUUGAGCUCCCCAUGUCAGAGAACAAUACUCUCAGACCCGAUCUCCUGUUCGAAUUCUCAUACGGAGCAGAUCUUGACUCAGAUGGCACUGGUGAGGAGACGACGAAUAUGGUUUUCGGAUUUCCUGAUUCUGGGGUUUACUGGGGGAUAGACAUGGGGGACAUGAAUAGCAGUCCCAAUAUGGCCUUAUGGGAGGAAAGUGUGUCAAACUGUAACGAUUUGGGGUUCAACCUGGAUUGGCUUGCGUAA